UCUCAUCUUCACGUGACUCUCUUCCUCACCCUCUUCUCUCAACAAACCCACCACUGAGGUUAAGUUCCUCUGCCAAUUGCAUAUAUCUACAUAGCCCCCAACCAGUUAUGGGUCUUUUCCUUUUAUCUACUUUGCCUCGUGGCUUUUUCUAUCAUUCAUUCUCUCUUCUUAUCCUCUGCUCUCAAAUCUGUACUCUCUGUAUCACUUCACACUUCUCACUCUCCAAUUCCUAUAUCGGGCAACUUUCCUUUCACAGAUAUUUCCUCAGCCAAACCCAAUUUGAUUGAUAUCUGGGACUUUCCAAUCUUUCGGUUCCUUCCUUCUUUAGAGUUCUAUUUUUAUACAUUUUUGGAAAUCACAUAAAUCAUAAACUUUAUUUUUAUUAUUUUUUUUUUUGUCUUCUGGGGUGUUCUCUUUAUCAAUUAUAUUCCUAAAAUGUUAUUGGCUUUUUCUUCCCUUUAUUUUUUUUUUUAAACAUUAAUAAAACAAGCCAACAACUUUUAUUCCUUGUACUUUCUGGGUUUAGGGUUUUUCACCUUUUUCUCGUUAUCUUCCUUCACAAUUCAUGAACUCCAAGAUACUUUCAUUUCAUGCCAUUGGCACUGAAUUUUAGGGUUUUCCUAUUUUUUUAUUUUAUUUUUUAUUUUUGGUUUGUUGAACCAAUGGCUUCAAGUUUAAGUGGAGGUGGUGGAAGAACCUAUGGGUUUGAUUUCGAUGUUAAAAAAUCUUCAUCAACAUCAACUAUAACAUCAUUCACAUCAUCUCCUUCCUCAACAACCAUAUCAGAAACCACCAGCAACAACUCCCAAAGAGCAAUCUCAACCAAAAAACCUAGAACUCCUCGAAAGAGACCGAACCAAACGUACAACGAAGCUGCCACGCUCCUUUCCACAGCGUACCCGAACCUCUUCUCCACCGAAAACCUCAAAAAACCAGGCAGAUUCACCAAACCAAUAACGGAAACGACAAAUGAAUCAUCGGAAUUGUUUUUGCCAUUCAGAGCCUAUGGUUAUCACAACGACGACCAUUUCCUCUUCCAAAAUAAACCCACUUUUGAUAACAAGGUCUUGAAGCCCCGCACGUGCCAUGGCACGUGCUCAGGGGAGAUUACCUCCAGAAUGGUGAAUUCCGAUGAAUUGGAGUAUGAUUCCGGUGAAGGCUUCGAUUGCGAAUCGAUUCUUGAUGAGGAAAUUGAGGAAGGGAUCGAUAGCAUCAUGGGGAGCAGUGUCGAUGACGUCAAUGGCGGCGCUUCGUGUUACCAUGGCGGCGGCGGCCAGCGGCUGAGUACGUCGUUUGGUUUUGGCGGGAAAUUCAGUUGGGUGAGGGCUCUCCGGCAAGUUGAUGACGCGAACUGGUGGAAUUUUCCGGCGGUUGAUAUGCUUGAAAUCUCGCCGGGAGUGAAGAACACUCCGACGGUGGCGGCGGCUGCGGAGAAGAAGAAGAAGAAGAAGAAGGCGGUGAAACCAAAAGUGGAAUUGAGGGACUCGAGUCAGGGUUUUUUAUUGAAAUUGAAUUACGACGAUGUUUUGAAUGCGUGGUCGGACCGGGGGUCGCCGUUCGCUGAUGAUUGCUCCGGCUCUGGUUUGCCGGGAAAUGACUUCACUGUACGUUUCUCAUCUCCCGACCAAAUAGAUUUAUUCGCAAACGGAGCAAUGAGAGAAGCUAGUAUGCUGCGCUACAAAGAGAAGCGCCGUACACGCCUCUCUUCUAAGAAGUUAAUCAGAUAUCAGGUCAGGAAAGUCAAUGCAGAUCAACGGCCCAGAAUCAAGGGAAGAUUUAUUGGGAGGGUGAAUUCUAGCCCUGAAAUGCACAAAGAUGAUUAGUAUUUAGUGGCAGUAAAGCACAUGCUUUAGGGAACUACACGUUUCUUCUUCUUUUUUCAAACAAAGUCAAUGGGUCUUUCUUUCAUUCAUUGUUUUUUGAUUUAUUUUUUUCUUGCUUUUUUGAGAUAUGGAGAUGCAGAGGCAGGAUAAAGGAGCAAAUUAGUAGUCGAAAAUUUUUUGUUUUAUUUUGAUGAUUGGUUUGUUUCAUUAUGGAAUA